AUGAACAAACGACAUCUAGCUGUAGAAAUUCUAAACGAUCAGUUCGGAGACAUUAUUGGCAAGGUUGGUUCUGUUCUUUUAGAACAAGGACCUCAGACCAUGACGGAUUUGAUUCAAAAUACAUCAUUGCAAUUUCCUCAAGUCAGAAAUGCUCUCCUUGUUUUAAUUCAACACAACAUGUGUGUCUAUUUUGACAAGAAUAUAUAUCAACAAAAAUUAGAACAUGGAUCAAAGAAUGCGGAAGAGGAAGAUGACAUGAAAACACAAACAGAAAAAUUGAGAGAACAAGAGGAAAGGAGAGAAAAGUGGAAGCAUAAAGGUGGAGGUAAUGAUACAGCACCAGUCACUGUACCUAUUGAGGAAGAAGAAUCGGAACAAAUUAAAGCAGAAAAACAAAAACAAUUCGAAAGACAAAGCAAAAUUAUUUAUUAUCAAGUAAUCAUUGAAAAUAUUAUUAUGAGGUUGAAGAGUGCCAAGUUAUUAUAUACCAUUAGGACAAGUUAUGGUAUUGAUGCAGAAGAAUUGUUGCACAUUCUCUUACAACACGGCAGAUUGACAAUGAAGGAAUUAAUUCAAAAAGCUUUGGAAAAUAUUACACAAACAGAUUAUACAUUUGCCACUGAAAGUAAAAAGACAUCCUUCAUCACUGCCUUCCAAAAGAUGGUCAAGGACAGAUUUAUCAAGAGAGUUCAGCCAUAUGUUUCAUCCAUUCAACUUCAAGAACAAAAGAAAAAUGCAAAGGAAGGAGGAUCAAACUCUACAACAGAUUUACUUCAAAAGUACUCCAAACAAAACAAGGAAUCUAAAAAGAAAUCGGACAAGUCAAAGAAGAGAAAGACAAUUGAAGAUGAAGAUGGCAGCUCUCAAUAUGAACCUGAAAAGAAAAAGAAGAAGGGAACAAGUUCAGAAAUUUCACCACUCGAAUUUGACACUGAAGAAUUUGAUUCAAUUGAUGAAGAUGAAAUUCAUAUUGAUGCUGAAAAUAUUUUGUGGACUACCAAUUACUCACAAUUUAUCAGAACUUUCAGAAAUGAAUCCAUCAUUAAAUAUGUUGAAACCAAGAUGGGAGAACAAUUUGCAUCCAUUGUUAAAGCUGCCUUUGAUGAAACUGCACCAUAUCAAAGAUCUAAGAAUGAUCCAAUGUCAACACCACUCAAAUUUGAAAAAUUAUAUGAUAGAAUAUCAGAAACUGAGGAAAUUGGUAGAAAGGUAUUGGAAAAUAACUUGAGUUUCCUCUGUAAUCCAGAAUUGGAUAUUUUGAGAGCUAUGGGUAAGGACACUUAUUUCAUUAAUUUGAAAGGUGUUGCCGAUAAACUCAAAAAGCAAGAAACUGAAGUCAUCAUUUCACAAAAAUACAGUGUGAUUGGAUGUAGAUUAUUCAGAUUAUUGCUUGAAAAGAAGUAUUUGGAACAGACUCAUAUUGCCGAAUGUGCACUUUUACCACCUUGUGAAGCUAGAACUCUAUUGAUGAACAUGUUGAGAGGCUCCAUCCUUCAUUUACAAGAAGUACCUAAGAGUAAGGAUCGUAGCGCUCAACAAACCUUCUUCCUGUGGAGUGUCAAGUUGGAACAAGUUUAUGAAAAGAUUAUCGAUGACAUGUACAAAUCUGUAAGAAAUUUGAGAAUUAGAUUAAAGAAAGAACAACAACAUAUAAUUGAAUCAGGCAUUCUCGAAAGCACCUAUUUGAGUGAAGAACAAGAAGAACAAAUCAGACGAUUGAAAAACAUUGAAGACAGAUUAGAAGCCUCUCUCAUCAAACUAGUUGACCUCAUUACUUUAUUCGAAGAUUUUUAA